AUGAAGGCAGAGGAAGUGACAUUGCGCCCUGACCUGAAGGAGCUGGUGGGGACCGGAGAGGAGGCGUCCAAUGGGACGCGGUGGAUCGAGGUGCGCGGGGCCGUCUCGGAAGCCUUCUGUGCCUGCGUGGAGGGCCGUUUCCUCAACCAGGGCCGCUGUGAGACGUGCCAGGAGGGCGCGCGGUGCUUGGGGCACACUGGCCUGACGCUCGACCCGGGCUACUUUGCUUUUCCCGAAAACCCCGGCCACGUCUACCGCUGCUUCGGCAACGGCCGCCGCUGCCCCGGGGGCUUGCCCGGCAGCUGCGCACCCGGCCGCCGGAACAGCAGCCUGACCUGCGCCGAGUGCUUGCCUGGGUUCUUGCCGCAGGCAGAUGGCGCGUGCCGAGUGUGCGCGGCGUCGGACUUUGCUGUCGUUUGCUUCCUUUGCCUGUUCGGGCUUGGAUGCGUGGGAUGUGCGCAUGCAGCUUUGAUUGCAGAGGAGCAAGCAGCCGGUCACGGCAGGCAACGUGGUAGCCUGUUAAACGCAGGCUUGGGCUUCAACCAGCUGCUUACCUGUGCCCAGAUUUUUGGCAUCUUACGCCGGCUGCGCAUUCCCUGGCAGGCCUCGUGUCAUCAUUUGGCUUUCUUCAAUUGCGCAACGAUUUCAAAGCUUGUUGGUAACUACUCUGUGUCUGUCUCAGGGUCUCAGGUUCUCUCUCUCUCCCUCUCUUUCUCUCUCUCCCCUUUGUCGCUGGUGCUCUCGCACGCUCUCGCGCGCUGUCGCCUCGCUCUCUCUCGCUCUCUCUCGCUCUCUCUCGCUCUCUCGCUCUCUCUCGCUCUCUCUCGCUCUCUCUCGCUUUCUCUCGCUCUCUGUCGCUCUCUCUCGCUCUCUCUCGCUCUCUCGCUCUCUCGCUCUCUCGCUCUCUCGGUGCAGCUUGGGCUGGGCCAUAGCGGGAUGCAGUCACGGGCAGUAUCAGUGGCUUAUCAUCUCGUUCUUUGUGCUUCUGCUGGCUUAGCAUUGUCGGCUCAGGAGCCCUUCUUGUUGAUGUUGAAGGCAUCGGAGUACCUCGCGCUGGAUGUGGCGGUGUCGUCAUUCAGCUCAAUCCAGUGUGUCCUCCCAACGACUGCUUUAGCAGAGUACGUGUCGGCCGCGCUAUUGCUACCUAUGGCCGUCACCUUCGCCUUGCUGCUCGUGCACUUUGCCUACAUUUGCUGGAUGCGGGGUGGCCCACGGCUUGAUUUGCUGGGGAAGACCUUCGGCUCCUUCUCCAUGCUUUUUCUGAUCUCAAUUAUGUCCUCGAUCCUGGAACCGUUUUAUUGCAACUUCCAUCCAGGUGGUGCUCGAACCAUGCAGUCACGCCAUGAUGUGAUCUGCAACUACCGUGGUGACCAUUUACAAAUCUGCAUUGUGGCUUGGGUCCUAUGCCUGCUCCCCUUGGCCUUUCUAGCCAUUUGCAUCCGAAUUGUUUUUGUGGAUUUGCCAAAGCGAAUUCACAGGGCUGACGUGGACUUUGUGAUUGCCUGUUCCUUCCUCAUUAUGAGAUCUCGGCCCGGGAUGGAGGCCUUCCUGGUCGUUGUCCUGGUUCGCAACGUCCUCAUGACUUUGUCGCCUUUGAUCACGUCACAGGCAGGCAGCUUGCUGAUGAUUUGCACGUCGCUUUACGUCACCUUGUGUGGGACAGCCUACUGGCAGCCGUGGCGCACGCAGCUGGCCACCUACACAGAUGUGAUGUUGCAUGCGGGACUGCUGCUGGUUCUGGACAUGGGCAAGUUCUACACUCCUAUGGAGGAGGGCCAGGUUCUGAUGGUUAUCUGUGUUGUGGCUGCUGGGCUGAUGUUCUCCGUGAGCCUCGUGAUUGUGCUCGCUGCUGCUCAGCGCCAGUGUUCAAAGCGGCACUUCCGCUUCUUUCUCAGCUACCAUUCCGAAACGGGGAAUUUUGCCCGGCUGCUCAAGCUGGAGCUCGAGAGGCAUGGCUUCCAAACCUUCAUCGCUUUGGACGAGGACCUCGAUCGGCACGCCCGCAUUGCGCGGGUGGCGCGGGACGUCGACACGGUGGUGUGUCUUGGAAGCCGUGGCUUUCUGGCAAGUGCAUGGCGGGUAGGCGAGUUGGUGGCGGCCAAGGUGCAUGGUGUGAAAGUCGUGUUCCUCUGCCUUCCCAAUUUCGUCAUGCCUGACAAGCAGUUCAUUGAAGCUUACGAGACGUUAGUGCCCCGCAUCAACGAGCUUGCUACUCAUGCAAUUGCUCUCGAACAGAUUCAAGAGACACUCGUCUGGCUGAGUUCUGUUGAACGCUUUGACAUCCUAGAUUGUACAGAUCCGGAGAUCUUCACGAGCACUGUCUCUUGGCUGGUCGACAGCGACGUAAAGCGUCGCUCUGCUGUGGAGGUCAAUCGAGACGUCAGUCGACAUGUCAGUGUUGACAGGACCGCAAAAACCGUCUAUCUCAUCAUGGCGGACACGACGCAAAUGGAAGCCCAGGCGGCCGCCUACACCCUCACCAUUAUGCUCGCUGCCAAGAUGAGGGAGCUGUCGCUCAAAGGCUCUUUGCGUGUAAUGCGGUCUGGGGACAUGGCCGACUGCUGCUCUGCAAGUGAGACGGCGACUGCACUUCUGCUGUGCACGUCGGGUUGCCUGGAGUCACGGCAGAUUGUCACGUGGCUGCUGCAGCUGAGCCUCCUGCGUUCCAGCUUCGUCCUGCCUGUGGUCACGGAGGACUCUUUUCAGAUCCCUUCGCAAGGCUUCGAGCUCAUGCAUUCGAAGCACUUAGAUGGCUUCGACAGGGCGCGCUAUGCGUGUGUCCUGGAGGCAGUUUUUCACGAGAUUUCUGUGCCCUUCACGCCCAGGAGCUCAUCCGGAAGGAAGGCAAUUAGGUCGGUCAUGUGGUGUGCUUUAGGCGGGCAUUAG